AUUUCAGGCGUGAUCAUCUGACAUCAGCUGCAGCUGUCCUGUGAGGACUCUCUGGCCGACACUCUCACACUUGGGAAUAGACUGUGCCACCAAACGUCUCUCUUGGAGAUUUCUUAUGUGCAUCUGACAAGACUCCCAGGCAAACAAGCCAUAUUUCACCACUCCUAAAUACAGAAUGACAAUAUGGCCGUCAAAAUGCUUCCUCCCGGCCCUGACAGCCUGCAGCGAUUUACCAAAGAGAGCAUUGCAAGAAUAGAAAAGCGAAUUGAAGAGGAAGAGAUCCGGAAAGCCAAACAGAUUGAGGUUCUUGAAGAUGUGGUACUUAAACCCAACAAUGGCCUGGAAGCUGGGAAAAAUCUACCACUUAUUUAUGGUGAUCCACCGCCAGAGCUUUUUGGGGUCCCCCUAGAAGAUUUGGAUCCUUUUUAUAGAAACCAAAAGACAUUCAUUGUCCUGAGUAAGGGCAAAGCAAUAUAUCGUUUCACUGCCACCAAAGCCUUGUACCUACUGGACGCUUUCAAUCUAUUAAGAAGAGGAGCUAUCAAAGUGCUGAUCCACUCAAUAUUCAAUUUUUUUAUUAUGAUAACAAUUUUAACAAAUUGUGUUUUCAUGACUAUGAGUGACCCACCACCUUGGUCAAAAAAUGUGGAGUACACAUUCACAGGCAUUUACACUUUUGAGUCUUUGAUAAAGAUCUUUGCCCGAGGGUUUUGCAUCGACAGUUUUACAUUCCUCAGAGACCCAUGGAACUGGCUGGAUUUUUGUGUCAUUGUGAUGGCUUAUACCACAGAGUUUGUAGAUCUGGGGAAUGUAUCUGCUCUCAGGACAUUCCGUGUCCUCCGUGCACUUAAAACAAUCACUGUAAUUCCAGGCUUGAAGACCAUUGUUGGAGCCCUCAUUCAAUCUGUGAAAAAACUGGCAGAUGUAAUGAUUCUCACAGUCUUCUGUUUGGCCGUCUUUGCACUAAUUGGUCUUCAGCUAUUUAUGGGAAAUUUGAGACAAAAGUGUGUCUACUGGCCGCCACCAGAGGAAGCAUAUGAAUAUUACAGAAACUUGACGAUGAGUUCAAUGAAUUUGGAUUUUGAUGACAACUCAACCUUUUACAAUAACACUGACCUGUUUGCCAACGUAUCCAUAGACUGGACUACCUACCUCAAUGAUGAGUCUAACUUUUACUACUUGGACGGAGCACUGGAUGCUCUUCUGUGUGGAAACGGCAGUGAUGCCGGGAGAUGCCCAGAAAGCUAUACAUGUAUGAAGACUGGAAGAAAUCCCAACUAUGGGUACACCAGUUAUGACUCAUUCAACUGGGCCUUUUUGGCACUCUUCAGACUGAUGACUCAGGACUACUGGGAGAACCUGUUUCAACUGACCCUCAGAUCUGCGGGUAAAACAUACAUGGUUUUCUUCGUUCUGGUGAUAUUCCUGGGCUCAUUUUAUCUUAUCAACCUUAUCCUUGCUGUGGUGGCCAUGGCUUAUGCCGAGCAAAAUGAAGCCACCAUGCAGGAAGCCAUAGAAAAGGAGAGAGAAUUCCAAGAGAUGCUGGAACAGCUAAAGAAACAUCAAGAAGAGCAAGGUCAAAGGAAAGCCAGCAUGGCCUCGGUAGGACUUAUCAAUGAAGAACUAGAUUUAGCCAAAGAAGACAGAGAGAAGGACUGUAACGGACGAGAGGUACCUCGAGUGGUGAUAGAGACAGUUGAUUCUGAAGAUGAUGUCAUCUCGGAGAAGAAUGAUCUUGAGAAAAACUCCAAGAAGUAUUUGGACGAACCAACAUUGCAACACAAAAUAGGCAGUUCUGCUAGUAUCGUCUCUGAAGCCAUGAUAGAAGAACUAGAGGAGGCUCACCAGAAGUGUCCACCUUGGUGGUACAAGUUUUCACACACUUUUUUGAUUUGGGACUGCUGUAAACUCUGGGUGAAGUUCAAGGAGUAUGUACGAUUUGUGGUUAUGGAUCCUUUUGUGGACCUUGGGAUCACUAUCUGCAUUGUUCUCAACACGCUUUUCAUGGCUAUGGAGCAUUAUCCAAUGACUGAACAGUUUGAGAAUGUGCUUAGCACUGGAAACCUGGUUUUUACUGGUAUUUUUGCAGCUGAAAUGUUCUUCAAGGUGAUUGCCUUGGAUCCAUAUAACUAUUUCCAGGUUGGAUGGAACAUUUUUGACAGCAUAAUAGUCACCCUGAGUUUGGUGGAACUUGGCCUGGCUAAUGUGGAUGGUCUGUCAGUGUUGCGUUCCUUCCGUCUGCUUAGGGUCUUCAAACUUGCUAAGUCUUGGCCCACACUAAACAUGCUCAUCAAAAUCAUUGGUAACUCGGUAGGCGCCCUUGGAAAUCUCACACUGGUCUUGGCCAUCAUCGUCUUCAUCUUUGCAGUGGUGGGAAUGCAGCUUUUUGGGAAGAGCUAUAAAGAGUGUGUUUGCAAGAUCAACUCAGACUGUGUUCUUCCUCGGUGGCACAUGCAUGAUUUUUUCCACUCUUUCCUCAUUGUUUUCCGGAUCCUGUGUGGGGAGUGGAUCGAGACUAUGUGGGACUGCAUGGAGGUGGCAGGACAAGCCAUGUGCCUCACUGUAUUUAUGAUGGUCAUGGUGAUUGGUAACUUAGUGGUGUUGAACCUAUUCUUAGCUUUGUUGCUGAGCUCCUUUAGUGCUGACAACCUCUCAGCCUCUGAUGAUGAUGGGGAAAUAAACAACAUACAGAUUGCCAUAGGGAGGAUUACUAGGGCCAUCGACUUUGUCAAGAAAACUGCUGUUUCCUUGCUACCAUUCAUGAAGAAGGUCCAGAAUAAGGAGGAAGAAGAGGAUAAUAAUGAGGAUGUAAAUAAAGAGAGUAUUGCUCUGAACCACAUAGAGACUGAAGAGGAGCCCAAGCCUGAAAGUCCAGUUGUUGAUGGCCUGGUGAAAAAGCCACGGUACAUCAUGACAGAAUUAGAUCAUAUGAACCUGAUUAACAACCCACACUACAGGAUAGAAGUGCCCAUAGCAUCUGAAGAGUCAGAUCUGGAUGUUCCUGAUACGGAUGAGUUCAGUACUCAGUCAGAGUUUGAGGAGAUGGUAAUAAAACCCAAGAAGAAAUUUGAUGAUGGCUCUUCAAUGGGUAGUACAGCAGAUUAUAGACCUCCAGAUCCAGAGGAUGAGGAAGAAGCCCUUAACCAUAAAGACGAGGAAGGCCCAGAAGAAUGUUUUACACAAGCAUGCGUACAAAGAUUUCCAUUUCUGUAUGUUGACAUCAAAACUGAAAAGGGAAGGCUUUGGUGGAACAUUCGUAAAACCUGUUUCAAGAUAGUUGAACAUAAUUGGUUUGAAUCGUUUAUUAUCUUCAUGAUCCUGCUCAGUAGUGGAGCCUUGGCAUUUGAGGAUAUCUACAUUGAACAGAGAAAAGUUAUCAAAAUUAUAUUAGAAUACGCUGAUAAAGUCUUCUCUUAUGCGUUUGUGAUCGAAAUGUUGCUGAAGUGGGUGGCAUAUGGCUUCAAAGUUUAUUUCACCAAUGCUUGGUGCUGGCUGGAUUUUCUCAUUGUGGAUGUAUCGUUGAUCAGUUUGACUGCCAACUGGUUGGGUUAUUCAGAACUUGGUGCCAUCAAGUCCCUAAGAACUUUGAGAGCCCUCAGACCACUGAGAGCAUUGUCAAGAUUUGAAGGCAUGAGGGUUGUAGUCAAUGCCUUGUUGGGCGCCAUUCCUUCCAUCAUGAACGUGCUACUGGUUUGUCUAAUCUUCUGGCUGAUCUUCAGUAUAAUGGGCGUCAACCUGUUUGCUGGAAAAUAUUAUCGCUGUAUCAACACCACCACAUCGGAACUCUUUGACAUUUCUGUAGUGAACAAUCGCUCGGACUGCUCUGCUUUAAAUUACACUGAAGAAGCGCGAUGGGUUAAUGUCAAAGUGAAUUUUGACAAUGUGGGUCUUGGAUACUUGUCCCUAUUGCAAGUGGCGACAUUUAAAGGUUGGAUGGAUAUCAUGUAUGCAGCUGUGGACUCAAGGAAUAUUGAGGACCAACCUGUGUAUGAAAUUAACCUCUAUAUGUACCUGUACUUUGUGAUAUUCAUCAUAUUUGGGGCUUUUUUCACUUUAAACCUUUUUAUUGGUGUCAUCAUAGACAAUUUUAACCAGCAAAAGAAAAAGUUUGGAGGUAAAGAUAUCUUCAUGACUGAAGAGCAGAAAAAAUACUACAAUGCCAUGAAAAAACUGGGUUCAAAGAAGCCGGUGAAACCAAUACCUAGACCAGAGAAUCCGAUCCAAGGAGCUGUCUUUGAUUUUAUCUCCAAGCAAGCUUUUGACAUCUUUAUUAUGAUCUUGAUUUGCCUUAAUAUGAUUACAAUGAUGAUUGAGACAGAUGACCAAAGUAAAGAGAAAGUAAAUAUACUCUUCCAAAUCAACCUUGUGUUUAUUGUCAUCUUCACUACAGAGUGCGUCCUUAAAAUGUUCGCACUGAGAUAUUACUUCUUCACUAUCGGAUGGAAUAUUUUUGACUUUGUGGUGGUCAUCAUUUCUGUAGCUGGUAUUGUCCUCUCAGACCUCAUAGCGGAAUACUUUGUGUCACCAACACUUUUUAGAGUGAUCCGACUUGCAAGAAUUGGAAGGGUCCUUCGACUCAUUAAAGGAGCUAAGGGAAUCCGUACUCUUCUGUUUGCUCUGAUGAUGUCUCUCCCGGCCCUGUUCAAUAUUGGUCUACUAUUGUUUUUAGUGAUGUUCAUUUACUCGAUAUUUGGGAUGUCUAACUUCGCCUAUGUGAAGAAGGAAUCUGGCAUUGAUGAUAUGUUUAAUUUUGAGACAUUUGGGAAUAGUAUGAUUUGCUUGUUUGAAAUAACCACCUCAGCAGGAUGGGAUGGACUUCUGAAUCCAAUUCUAAACAGUGGGCCACCGGACUGUGAUCCUCAUGCAGAGAACCCUGGAACAGCUGUGCGUGGGAACUGUGGAAAUCCAUCCAUGGGCAUUAUGUUUUUCUGUAGUUAUAUCAUUAUCUCGUUUUUGAUUGUAGUUAAUAUGUACAUUGCCAUUAUCCUUGAGAACUUUAAUGUGGCCACAGAAGAAAGCAGUGAGCCCCUAUGCGAGGACGAUUUUGAGAUGUUUUAUGAAACUUGGGAGAAAUUUGAUCCUGAUGCAAGUCAGUUUGUUGAAUACAGCAGAAUGUCAGAUUUUGUGGAUACUUUACAAGAACCAUUACGGAUUCCGAAACCCAACAAAAUUAAACUGAUUACUAUGGACCUCCCUAUGGUAACUGGAGAUAAGAUACAUUGCUUAGACAUUUUAUUUGCAUUGACUAAAGAAGUGCUGGGAGACUCUGGAGAAAUGGAUGCUCUAAAAGCCUCAAUGGAAGAAAAAUUUAUGGCAGCCAAUCCUUCCAAAGUAUCUUAUGAACCAAUCACUACCACUUUGAAACGGAAACAGGAAGAAGUUUGUGCCAUCAAAAUCCAGAGGGCUUUCCGUAGGCAUCUACUGAAGCGUUCAGUAAAACAAGCCUCAUAUGUCUACCGUCAUAGCCAAGAUUUAGACUCACCCGUUGAGGACCCUCCAGAGAAAGAAGGUUUGGUGGCAAACAGAAUAAACACUACCUAUGGACAUCUUGAGGAUGGAGAAACCAAUGGAACUCAACAUCCACAUUUAACUAACAGAUUUUCACGCAGAAGUGAUGAUUAAUGCCUUGACGUUGAUAUCACACAGUGAAAACAAUAAAUUGACACUGGGAAAGAACUGAAUGUUAUAUCCUUGAGACAGUUGUCUGCAGAAGUUUAUCUGUCCUUUGGUAACAAGGCCUCGUAACAACCGUAAUUCAUGUUCCAUGAACAAGAAGGUGCUAGGGAUUACCAGCAUGAUUUCGAUUUCUUACGAUUGAUGAAGGCCUAGUUUAAAACUCGCAAGUCUUACCCCGAGCCCCAUAUUUUGAACUCUUGAUCACCACUACAAGCAAGAAAGAGGGAAUCCUUUGGUCCAUAUGAAGAGCCCAUCUCCACUCCUGAUAUAGAAUAACAUCAAGAACUAAAGAUGUCCAACACGACUAUAUGGGACAUUAUCACAGAUACUAAGAAAGUAGUUUACAUCCAACUUUCUUUUUCUCCUCAAGGAAAGAGAUUUAGAUGCUUUAAAUGUCUUUCAAGCUAAUAAAAUUAGUUUUCAUUUAUUUAUUUUUUCAGAUUAAUCUGAACUGAUCUGAUAUAUGGAAAGGACUGAGCAUUACUCUUCCAUUCUAAUAUAUAUAAUAUAAUAUAUAUAUACAUAAUAUUUCUAUAAAUGGACGUAAAUGUCAGUAAAUGUGGCUGUUGAUACUGUGAAGUAUUUGGAUUAUUAAGUGUUCUUGCAUGGCAAGACCACUUACUGUUAUCUCACAUAUAUAUUAUUAUAGCCAAAUUUACCACCCUAACUCCUCCCACAGUUUUUACACUACAUAGACAGUAAUAUACCGAAACGUGCGGAUUGUUCCCGAUUGGUGUGCUAUCACUUUGUGGAACGUUUCGCCAAAUGGUUGAUGAAAUAUCCGCAUUUUUGUGGCGAAAUUAGUCACAUAGGAAUGAAUGGCGGAAUGUUCAAAACUAGAGUGGGAGCUGACAAAAGCUAGAGUGUGAGCUGAAAAAUCAGGACAUGAUUUUUAAACUGCCACCACUCCCUCAUUUUCAAGCCCAC